GCCGGGGUCGCGCUGGGGCCCGGCUCAGGCUGCAGCGGAGCCGCAGGGGCGCUGCCUCCCCGGGCCUGCGGGCGGGCUGGCGGACCGGCGCGCGCUGGCGCUGGCGGAGCAGGAAGUUGGCGCACGUGGGGCAGCGCGGAGCCGGGCCCUGCCGGCAGCACAGACGCUGCCCGCGCUAUUUUAAGCAUCGCAGCGGCGAGGCGAGCACAGCUGGCUGCGGUGGAGGGUCCUGGCUGCCCCCUCCAGCCUUCUUCCUCUGCCAGGGCCGGGAGGUGUGUCCUGGAAGUCAGGCCUUCUCUGGCUGGUGAAAUUAAACAACGCACUUCAGUGAUGCAAGAGGACCAACAACCUGAGGCUGCUGCAGAACCAAAGCCCUCCUCCAGCAUACCAGAAGAUGGUCUGAAGGAGGCUUCAGGACUGUCGCAGAAUAUUUCAGCUGCAGAUGCUUUUAAAAUUCUCUUGGAGGUGAAGAUGAAGAAACGGCAAAAGAAGCCCAAUCUACCCUGCACUGUGACUGAACUUGUCACUGAGGAAGGUUCUAAAGUAUAUGUUGUUGGUACUGCCCACUUCAGUGACAGCAGCAAAAGAGAUGUAGUAAAGACGAUACAAGAGGUGCAGCCUGAUGUGGUCGUGGUUGAGCUCUGCCAGUACAGAGUUUCUAUGUUAAAGAUGGAUGAAAAGACAUUAUUAAAAGAAGCCAAAGAAAUCAGUCUGGAGAAACUUCAGCAAGCUAUAAAGCAGAAUGGAAUUAUGUCUGGAUUGAUGCAAAUGCUUCUUCUGAAAGUCUCUGCUCACAUCACGGAACAGCUGGGAAUGGCCCCAGGAGGGGAAUUUAGGGAGGCUUUCAAAGAGGCUAGCAAAGUCCCCUUCUGCAGGUUCCAUCUGGGGGACAGACCCAUCCCUGUUACAUUUAAGAGAACCAUUGCUGCACUUUCUCUCUGGCAAAAAGUCAAGCUUGCUUGGGGCCUCUGCUUCUUAUCUGACCCUAUCAGUAAAGAUGAUGUGGAGAAAUGUAAACAGAAGGAUUUAUUGGAGCAGAUGAUGGCUGAAAUGAUUGGAGAAUUUCCUGAUCUUCAUCGAACAAUCGUCUCUGAACGAGAUAUUUUUUUGACCUACAUGUUGAAACAAGCAGCUAAGCAAAUAGAACUACCUCGUGCUUCAGAAGCUGAACCCAGAAAAUGUAUCCCAUCGGUUGUAGUUGGUGUGGUUGGGAUGGGUCACGUGCCUGGAAUUGAGAAGAACUGGAACAUUGACUUAAACAUCCAGGAAAUAAUGAGUGUGCCUCCUCCAUCAACUUCGAGUAAAGUUCUCAGCCUUGUCAUAAAGGCAACAUUUUUCGGACUGAUGGGCUAUGGCUGCUACCGGAUAGGACAAAGCACAGUACAGUUUAUUCUCUCAUGCCAACAGGUCUCUGUCUUCAGAGGAUGACAGAAGUUAGACCUUGGCAUUGAACACCCAUGUGAAAUACUACUUGAAGAGUGGCAGAAAAGGGUGCUAAAGGCAACACAUGAGAACUGGACUGAAAAGGAGGGAAUUCUAAUCAAAGACCAUUUGAUGCCGAAUUGCUGUGUAAUAAAUAGAUUGAUAUUAAAAGCUACACCAGCUGUGACCUGAUGAAUAAGUUUGCUUCCUAGUAAGUGUGUUAUAUGAAAGCACAUGAUGCCAGCUGGAGGUGAAUGAAUUGUGUGCAUAUAUAUAUAUAUAUAUAUAUAUAUAUAUAUAUAUAUAUAUAUAUAUAAAAUCUCACAUUCAUAUUCCAUAUUAUAUACGUAUAUAUAAUAUAUAUAUUUAUGAUUUAGUACAGACACCAUAAAGAUUGUGCAUUCAUGAGGUGGGUUUUUUUUCAGAGGAACAGAGCAACAUAAAAUAUCUUAAUCAUGUGUUUCUGCUCAAAAGUGCAGGGACACUUGUCUGAGUGUUUUUCGGUAUAAUAAUACCAAGUGAUCGUUCCUGGUGCCAAGCACCUAUGAAAUGAUUUAGAAGGCCAUUGUCUUACUGAAAGAUUUUUAUACUUAAAGCAUUUAGGUUUUUUAAAACUUCAGAGCUUUCCAAAAAUAUCAGAAUGGUACAGGCUGUCAUACGUAUGUACACUGCUAAGUUCCCUUAUGAGCCUUAUUGAAGAACGGAAAUGUUGCCUUUAGAAUUAUAUCCCUUGGUACAGACAUCAAUCCAAUUUUUUCUCCUGUGUGGAAAAGGUAUGGCCACAAUGUUGUUGGAAGCUAUUGGUUAACUUCCAGUGUUUACAAGGCACUCUGUCCCUUUGGAUUAGGUAAUAUAACUCAUAUUAAUUAGUCAAAUCUCAUUGGCACCAAAUUUGUAUUGUAAAAUGUUGAGACUAGCACUGCUGUAUAACUUUCUGGUUCUCAAACCUUUCUUUACUUGGACAGUAAAUCGAAGACUGAGACCUAAUAAUUGCCCACUUUUUUUUGGAUAUAUGUAGAUAUUUUAUUUGUCAGUAUAAUUAUUUAGGGGAUAGGUAUUUCAACCUAUUUAAUAAAAAGAAAAUCCCAAUUUAAUUUUUUUAAAUAGCUGUGGGGUUUCAGGGUUACUUGCUAUUUGUAUAUCGAAUUAUGGGUAUUUCAAACUACUGUAACUUUAAAAACUUUUCAGUACAACUCUUUCUUUUAAUCCUGUAGUCAUCCUAUUUUAGAAUGCAUUCUGUACUCCUCAAAUGGAAUUGGCCUUGAUUUGUAAGUGUCCUCUGCAAAUAACUGUUACCAGUCCAGUGCCAUAGUAAUCAUAACUGUUAUUUCAAUAAAAUUAGAAUCUACUAUACCGUAUGAAAAAGUCCCAUCUACUGCUGGGGCUGCUAUGCAGUUGCAAGAUGAUUAAAUUCUAUAUCCAUUAUCAUUUGCCUGGUUAGUUGGGUGGAGACCGCAUAUGAAGGAAUAGAGGCAGAGCCAAGAAGAGGUGGAUUCUGAUUUUCAGUACAUUUAAUAAAAUUAACAAAUGGUGCGUCUGGUAUUAGUAGAAUCAAUUUACAAAGCUCUGUGGGACAUAUCUUUGCACAAUUUCUUAUUUGCCCCAAUUUAUUCUGCAUGCACCUUCUGUACAGUGUCUAUUUGUAAAAGCUUUUUUAAGGCUUUUUCUCUUGUAUCCUAAAAGAAACUGAGGAACUGAUGGUAUUGACUUUGCUUAGAAGCUGGUCUGUUUGUAGGGCCUGGUACUCCUUUGCCUUCCACCUUGCAUAGUUUUUUAGAUCUUUAUUUAACAGAUGACUUAAGUGCAUGCUUACCUUUUAAGCUUAUGCUUAAGUCCCUCAUGAUUCUGCAAAGUAUUCAAGUAUAAGGAAGUGUUUUUUUUUAAUUGGGGCCUUAUACCGGUGCAGUGAAUGUUACCAAUUCAGAAUGGCAGCGUUUUGGAUCUAUUUUGGUACAAUGGUGAUGCAGGGCACUGUGGAAUCAUGUCCCUGCUCUUUAGCUUUCCAUUUAUUACUGUUUGAGAAAUGAGCAAUGAUCUUUAAUGAGCUCAGAAACAUCAUUAGCAAAUGAUUUUUAAGACAUAAUAGGGACCAUGUGAAUUCUGAUUCCUUUAUUUUUUUUUGGUAAAGAUUUAAUAAAUUGUUUACUAUUAAGCAGUCCUGUUUGAAUAAUUUUAUUACAUUUUUUUGUGUACAUUUUUAAAGAAGAAAGAAAAAAGCUUAAGCUCCUCCUCCAGGCUUUAGUGACAUACCAAAAGUUUGCAUUUUUUCUGAGAUCUUUCUAGCUUAUAUAGUUGAAUAUAUUUAAUGUUUUGCUUUAAAAUAUCUGCAAAUGUAUCUGUGCUCAGGAAAUUUUACACACAAGAAUAAAUGUCUAAGGUAAAUUGCAGACAAAUGAGCCUUAAAUGUGGGUGGGACUAAAUGAUUGUUUUGAAGCAUUAUUGCAUAUUUAAUGUUCUCUGUUUUUUUCCUAUGUGCAAAAAAAAAAAUCCACCCAAAAAUGGUUACAUGUACUACGACUUGCAUGUAAUAGUAAGUUACUCUUUUAUUUGAUGAUUACCCAAAUUUGUCGUGAAGUAUGUUUUUCACUUUCUGUACAAAAUGUAUAAACAAAUUCUUGAAGCAAGCUGUUUGCUGCUAGGGAAUUAGUUUUCCGUCUUCCCACUAUUGCAAACUGGCAGAUCACAGAAACCCCUGUGCAAAUGAAUGCCUAAUGAAUUUGCAGACUCCUAACAGUCUUACGAAUCCACAUAAAAAUGGUAUUUACUGUAUACUUGACGUGUUGUACUGUUUAUGUAAUGUGCAGUGUUUUAGAGCUCCAGUUAUUUUCUUCAAUGGUCUUGAGUCAAUCCUUUCAGUGUUAACAGCAUCCAGUACAACUUUUAAAUAUAUGUUGAUUUGUCCCAGCCCCAACUCGACCUUUAUGAAGCCAUAUUGUAGGUUUAGGGAAAUGUGCAUUUGCUUUAUGCAUUUGUACAUCUUACGUAAAGUUGAAGUAUUUUUAACAAGCAUGUGCCUUUAAUCUAAAAUGGUUUAAAUAAACAGCAGUAUGUUCAGCAGCAUAAAAAUAAAAUGUUUUAACCACCAUUUCUGGCAAGGCCAUUAUUUGUGGGUUGGUCAUUUUUAUAUGACAACAAAUACUGGUUAGCCAGCAGAGGUGCAGAAUGAGUGUUCCCCCUAAUGAAUGAGAACUAUGUGCUCAGUUCUCCAGAAUGCAAAUUACUUUGGUUUGUGUCCCAGUUAAGCACGUUCUGAAGUUCAUGCACAUUAGUAGUCCCACGUACUGAAGUGCUGUGCUUCUGUUUGGUACUAGAAUGCUCAGCAGCACCUUGAAGGACUGAGCCCCAUGAAAGAAUAAAGGUGCAGGAUUUAGUGGCAACAUAAAUUUAGAAUCAGAAUUUAUUGAACCUUUUGAAUUGGACCAGUAAAUCAAUAGGACCCUUACAAAAUAAUGGAAUGCUACUUAUACUCCUAAUGUUCAAAUUGCAAUUUAGUAUCGGUUGGGCCUGUGAUAGACUAUUCAAUCAGUUGAUGUUGCAAAUCAUACAGCCAAUUAACUGCCUUGUACUCUGUGAACAUAUGUGUACCUGUGAAGAAAGGAUACUUAUUCUGCCCUAUUAGCAUAGAGCUCCGACUCUGAUUCUCCUCACUCAGGUAACGCUACUGUCAAAGUGUUGUGAGUUUUGUCGACAUGAGGAGUGCUGGAUGAUGCCUUUUACAUGAAAGCAGGCACUAUUUUUACAUUUUAAAAUAAGUAUCAAGACAAAGUGCUGUUUGUGGAACUCCCACAUGACGUGCCAGUGAAAUGAUGAACUGAGUCAGCACAGCACUGUCUCAGUCAGGGCACAGUUGGGCAAGGUGGUGAGUAACCUAUGAAAACAAUAAAUGAUAACUGGGUAAUCUGAUAUACAACUGUGUCAACGGAAGUAGUUUAAUCGAGAGAACAGAUGCAUAUCCUCCCACAUCUGUCCGUUAUGGUAUAUUAUUAAUCUAGUCCUUUGACAAGGAAUGGAAGUUAUCUGCUUUUAUAAUGUAUUGUUUGAUCACCAGUGUUGGAUACUUAUAUGUGGCCUGAGCCAAAUUAAAUUAUUGAUGAGAAAGUCUGAAGUCAUUUCACAGAGUUCCACUGGGAAUUGUUCUUUGCAGUUCUGUAUGUGUAAGAAAACUGUGUAGAAACCACUGAUUGAGAAAUAUAACAAGUUAUCCCAGAAGUGCCAGGCAGUAGUGGGAACCAUGCUUUAGAAAGAGGAGACAAAGUUAUUUGUGUGAUUCUAAGAUACACUUGUACAUACUUGAUUUUUCCUUCUUAAAAUGAAAUAAAGUUUAAUUUUAGA